ACUACAUCAUUUUUCAAAAAGAUUUUUUGCUUCCCUUUUAACAUCAAACACCUUCAAGCACUGCAUACAAUCUUCUCAAAUAAAGGGAGAAAAAAUCUAAGUUAGACUCAAGUAGAAAAACUAUAUACUUGUCUCAUGUCAAAUUCAGACUCUGCUGCUACCAACGGAGCAAUAAUGGAUGCCCAGAGACAACCAGCGCCGACCAACGGUUCCCUUCCCGUCAAGAAACCUCCUUCCAAGGACCGUCACAGAAAAGUUGACGGUCGUGGCCGAAGAAUCAGGAUGCCCAUCAUCUGCGCCGCUCGUGUUUUUCAAUUGACUCGCGAGUUGGGUCACAAAUCCGACGGUCAGACCAUUGAAUGGCUGUUACGCCAAGCUGAACCUUCCAUAAUAGCCGCUACGGGUACGGGGACGACUCCGGCCAGCUUCUCCACCGUGUCGGUUUCCGUCCGCGGAGGGGCUAAUUCUACUUCUUUGUCGUCGACUACUUCUCCGUCUUCAUUGGAUCAUAAACCUUUGUUGGGUCCCACCCCUUUUUUACUCGGGAAACGUGUCAGGUCCGACGACGAUAACGCCGGGAAGGACAAUUCCGGAGGGGCCACGGUGAGACCGGGCCUUGGGUCUAUCGUGGGGCCCGCGGGGACACACACGGGUGCGUUCUGGGCUGUUCCAGCCAGACCUGACUUUGGUCAAAUAUGGAGCUUCGCGCCCCCGCAUCCUACUGAGAUGAUGGUUCAGGCGGCAGCUCAGCAACCAGCUGCAGCUGCGUUUUUCGUUCAGCAACAGCAAGCGAUGGGUGAAGCGUCGGCGGCUAGGGUUGGAAAUUACCUUCCCGGCCAUCUGAAUUUGUUAGCCUCACUGUCGGGUGCUCCGGGACGUUCUGGUCAAAGAGACGAUGAUCCUCGUUGAAUUUCGGCGGGCCGUUUUACCUUUGAAGGAGACUGUCGUGUGAAAGAGUUGGUUCCUUUCUGUAAGAACUCUAUUUUGGAAAAAACUUUAGAUGUAUUCUUAGCCAUUUCUUAGAUUUAUCUGCGUGCAAAUAAUGUGUCCUUCGUGUAUUGUUUUGGGUGCCUGUGGUGUGAAUAAAACCCAUUAUGUUUUUCUCAA